AGGUUUCUUGAAAGGGUUUAGUGAUCGCAGAAGAAGGGCCUCCAUCUUUCCACGCCCGACUACCAAACAAAGACAAGAAGCUGUUUAUUAAAUUUCUUGUUUCUGGAAAUGAGUUCCUCUGAAACAUCUCACCUAGCCACCGCCAAAACAGCUCUCACGGCGGUUGCAUCGGUGGCUGCAGCCGCAAUGCUCGCUCGAACAGUGAUCCAAGACUACAUGCCAGCGGAGGUGCAUGACUUCAUCUCUUGUGGUAUCCGCAAAUGCUUCAGCUACUACGGUUUUCAAAUGACAGUUGUGAUUGAAGAGUUUGGAGGCUUUGAAAACAACCAAGUGUUUGAAGCCGCAGAGGCUUACCUAGCCUCCAAGAUAUCUCCUUCCACUGGAAGGAUCAAAGUCAACAAACUUGAGAAACAGAGCAACUUCAGCGUCACGGUCGAACGCGACGAGGAAGUUGUGGACACUUUCGACGGCGUCAAGCUGAGCUGGGUCCUCGUGUGCCGUUCCGUGAAGAAGAAGGAUUUUCGUAACCCUCGAGACCUGAACUCUACUUUGAAGUCAGAGGUGCGUUCUUACGAGCUCAGGUUCAACAAGAAGUUCAAGAAGAUGGUUCUUGAAUCUUACUUACCGUUUGUGGUGGAACAAGCUGCUCUGAUAAAGCAAAAGACUAAAACGCUUAAGAUCUUUACACUUGGUUCGUAUUCCGAUUGGACCUCUGUGACUCUCGACCAUCCUUCCACGUUUCAAACUCUUGCCAUGGAUCCCGAGGAAAAGAAGAACUUGGUAGAGGAUCUUGAUUGUUUUGUGCAGCGUAAAAGCUUUUACGGGAGAGUAGGGAAAGCUUGGAAGAGAGGGUACUUGUUGUAUGGUCCACCUGGUACAGGAAAGUCGAGCUUGAUCGCAGCCAUAGCUAAUCAUCUUAACUUUGAUAUCUAUGACUUGGACUUGGCAUCGGUUAAGAGUAAUGCUGAGCUGCGUAUGUUACUGAUGUCUACUGCAAACCGUUCGGUUUUGGUUGUAGAAGAUAUUGAUUGUUCCAUCGAGUUUAAGGAUCGGACUACUGAUGAGCCUAGUGAUCUUCUGGAUAAACCGGUCACACUGUCUGGUCUAUUGAAUUUUGUGGACGGACUAUGGUCAAGUUGUGGUAACGAGCGGAUCAUAGUGUUCACGACUAACUACAGAGAAAGACUGGAUCCGGCAUUGUUGAGGCCAGGACGUAUGGACGUGCACAUUCACAUGUCUUAUUGCACACCCGCUGGUUUUAAGGUUUUGGCUUCAAACUAUCUUGAGGUUGAAGAUCAUAAGCUUUUCGAGGAGAUUGAGGAACUUAUCCGGGAAAUAAAAGUUACACCAGCAGAAAUAGCUGAACAGUUGAUGAGGAACGACUCUGUGGAUCAAAUACUCCAUGGAUUGAUCGUGUUCUUAAGAGCAAAGAAAUUUGAAAAUGAUGAAAGGUAGGCCAAAAGAUAAUAGUUAAAUAGC